GGAGCUGUCAAUUAAUUCUUUUCCGGAAAAAGAGUGGAAGAAACCGGUGGUAGAAGCCGCUCGUCGGCUAUCAAGCAUUUCGUCCGCGACAGAACCGGGAAAAAACGUUUGAUUGCGCUCAGCCAUUCGGUCAAUAAAAUCCCGAGAACAGGGAUCAAAAGGUUGCCAGGACUAUCGGAAACUUGCCAAAGGGGCCGUAAAAAACACGGCCCCUUUCGUUCACCGCUUCGGUUGGAACUCUGACUCCCUAUCAAACUCUCGGGAAUGAUUUUGAUUCCGAUCACGCACGAGGUGGAGGAGAACCCUUUGCCCAGGUGGAGGUGCAGCAGAAACGGUGGCCAGAAAUUCCGGAUUGUGUGCCUUUACGGCUAUCCUGACUCACAGCUCUUUGGCGCUGAUGACAACUCGUCCACGAGACAUUUUCUUGUUCCCUCCACGAUCAAUUUGUUGUCCGAGGUCGAUUAUCGGAGCGGCGAGAAACGAAAGCUGUCGGAGUUGCAUCCAGUCACGACCACAGGAGGUCACAAGUUUGGCGGUCGUUGUGCGAGUUUCCGGAGGGUACCCAUCCGGAGUGCAGUUGUGCUGAUUGUCUUGCAUUCAACUAAAAUGCAUUCGACAGAGUGCAGCAAGAUACCGGCAUUGUUCGCAGCCGUCAGUCUGCGCAUCUGGCGCUCACAGGGCGUCGCGUUUCUUGACCGGAUAAUAGCAGAGAUGGAAGGUGGAUUAUUCGCUCGUCAUCCAGUCCAGUUGAAAUCACAUUCCCAGGAGAGCAAUCUCAGGUGGGGAGGCUUCGACACUGCCUCAGAACGCCGGACAAGACGAAUUAAAAAGGGAUGGAAAACCACGUAAGUCACACAAUGCUUUGUAUUAAGGGGGGUCAAUAAAAUGGGUAACACCUAACUUUGCAACAUUUUGUUGUCAGAAAUUAAGUUUGCGUUGUUUUAAUUCCGGGCACCGAAAGCCAAAUUAUUAUGUUAUAAAUGGCGCCCAACAAAACGAACCUCUUUUGUUAUGCUUAUGUUCGUUAAAUUUAUUGAAGUAUUCACAAUUAUAUGUAUCACUUUGUGAUUUUGCUUAGUUUUUCUAAUAAUUUAAUUAUCGCUCUUGAUCAUAAUACCGUAUGAAAUUUUGUGAAGUAUUUUGUCAUUAUUUCACCCCUUACUGGUUUUAAAUGGAGAUCCGUUAAAAUGAGAUAGAAUCGUACCUUGAAUAAAGAUAGCAAUGAAAGAAUA